GUGGCAGUUCAGACAGGGAAGAGAAGCAGCUCUUUGCAUCUCUAGUGAAAGCGCUUUUGACUCGCCAAGUUUACCGGAGAAGAAAUCAUCAGGAUUUCUUUUUUUUUUUUUUUUUUUCUUUCUUCCUUUCUUUUGCGGCAGCUUCCAGCCUCUGUGUGCAUCGCUGUGUGUUUCAACUGAGCGGGGACUCUUCGUCGUUCGAGAUUCUCAGCUCCGGACGAGCAGGUAGCAGGCACGCGUUUGGGGCUGGACAUCUUAGCCAACUCCUCUCCUCGUUCCUGGAAGAUCCUGGUUCUCUCUGGGACACCCUGAGUACGUGAGACAGGCGUUUCCAGCAAGGCACUGGGAGAAAUUUGCCUACAACUCUCCUGAGAUCCACGGGGACCGAACAGCUCACUCUGCGGUGAUAUCUGAUUUGGUUGUGUUUGUGUCGAAAAGUCCUUUGAGGGGGGUUUAAAAGUCUCUGUGUGUCUUUUGGGAAGUGUUGCGGUGGGGGUUUUGAGAGCAGGCUCUAGUGCCGGGGCUUAAAACCCAGUUUUUUUCUGUGUUUGACACUUGUACGGUAGGAGCAAUGCAGCUGGAUAAUGUCACCAACGCUGGCAUCCACUCCUUCCAGGGGCACCGUGGAGUGGCCAACAAGCCCAAUGUGAUCCUACAGAUAGGGAAAUGCAGGGCGGAAAUGUUGGAGCACGUCAGGAGGACCCACCGGCACCUCCUGUCUGAGGUCUCCAAGCAGGUGGAGCGCGAGCUGAAGGGCUUGCAGAAAUCGGUGGGGAAGUUAGAGAACAACUUAGAGGACCAUGUCCCAACCGAUAACCAGAGAUGGAAGAAGUCCAUCAAGGCCUGCCUGGCCAGGUGCCAGGAGACCAUUGCCCAUCUGGAGAGAUGGGUCAAGAGAGAGAUGAAUGUUUGGAAGGAGGUCUUUUUCCGCCUGGAGAAGUGGGCAGACCGUCUGGAGUCCAUGGGGGGCAAAUAUUGCCCUGGGGAACAUGGCAAGCAGACUGUGUCCGUUGGGGUGGGAGGCCCAGAGAUAAGGCCCAGCGAGGGGGAGAUUUAUGAUUAUGCCCUUGAUAUGAGCCAAAUGUAUGCGCUGACCCCUCCUCCUGGGGAGGUGCCCAGCAUCCCCCAGGGCCACGAUUCCUACCAGUGGGUCUCUGUGUCGGAGGAUGCUCCAGCCUCCCCAGUGGAGACCCAGGUCUUUGAGGAUCCCCGGGAGUUUUUGAGCCACUUGGAGGAAUACUUAAAGCAGGUGGGUGGGACAGAGGAGUACUGGCUGUCUCAGAUCCAGAACCACAUGAACGGCCCAGCUAAAAAGUGGUGGGAAUACAAGCAGGACUCCGUCAAGAACUGGGUUGAGUUCAAGAAGGAGUUCCUGCAGUACAGCGAGGGGACUCUGACUAGGGAUGCUAUCAAAAGGGAGCUGGAUCUACCCCAGAAAGAGGGGGAGCCCCUUGACCAGUUCCUCUGGCGCAAGAGAGACUUGUACCAGACCCUGUAUGUUGAUGCCGAUGAGGAGGAGAUUAUCCAGUAUGUGGUAGGCACCCUCCAGCCCAAACUGAAGCGCUUCUUGAGUUACCCCUUGCCCAAGACUUUAGAGCAGCUGAUCCAAAGAGGGAAGGAAGUCCAAGGCAACAUGGACCACUCUGAUGAGCCCAGUCCACAGAGGACCCCCGAAAUUCAAUCAGGGGACUCUGUGGAGAGCAUGCCUCCCUCAACCACCGCCAGCCCUGUGCCGAGCAAUGGGACACAACCCGAGCCCCCUAGCCCUCCAGCUACUGUCAUAUGAGUUAGUCCCACAGAUGAUGGCAAUCUGGGUUAUGUGAACGGGAGAAGGGGGCGAAUUUAGGAAGCUUCUCCUCGGAGAGAGGUUCCGGCUGAGCCGCGACACGAGGUGUGCUCAGUCCAACAGCCCAUAGCAAAGGAAUCAACUUUGCUCGUGGGGGGAGGGAGGCGAAGGGGGAGAGGCAACCUUAGGAUGUGGUUGCCCACCUCACCCGAGCCACGCCAUACGGUGGUGCCGGGGAUGCUGCUUGCACCACUGUGGGGGACGGACAAUUUUAUAAGACCCAUGACAAGAAACCAGAGACAAUUCCCAACUUCAGAAGCAGCCGCUUGGCACUGGCGGCUUUCAAGGACUUCUGACAAGUGCAGCUAUUGGCUGAGGGUUCCUACCCGUCUGGAUCUCUCCUCCUUCUCCCCUCCCUCUCAUAAAGAGGUUCUGAGAGGACAUCUUUCUUCUGACCCUUGCCCAUUUCUAAUUUACCACUGGGCUUCUGUUUACUUGGCAGUCUCCUCUUCUGUCUUGCUUUAAAGGAUAAAAGAUUUUUAUUUGUUUAUUUUGUUUAAUUAAGAGGAAAUCCUGUGACUUCAGGAAAUGAAAACCUUAAGAAUCUGGGCAAUGUUUAGUGUUUUUAAUUUCAGUGCACCCAAUACCUGCUUUAAUGUUUUUCCUCCCAAGAGGCUGGUUUACUCCUUAUCUUAGUUUUUGCUCACUCCAAUCAAGGCCACUGCAGUGCAGUAGCAAAUUUCACCCUUUCUCUGCACAUUACACUGUGCAUUCAGCAGUAAACAGAGUUUCAAAUUAAAUUCUGGGUUAUUUUAUUGAAGGGAGAAUGAGUCUCACUUUCAGAGAAGGGAGGGUGUCAGGGUGAAGAAAGCAAGCAACACAGCUAUUUUGUGAGGGUGGGGAGGAGUUAGAGGAAACAAAUCCUUAUACUUUGAAUGAAACAAACAAACACAGCCAAAAUUCAGAGCAAAAUAUUCCCAGAGCAGCAAAUCAUGUCCAUGCUGAUACAUGGAGACAACAGGAACUUUUGCCAUAUAAAAGCAAAUCAACGUGAAGAGAGGAGCUGUGUGUCCCAGCACAGCCUCAGCCUGUGCAUCACGAAGAAGAAUUUCUGCUUUCACAGACAGACUGAAAUGCUCUUGGAAAGCCUGGCACCUCUGUCAUCUGAGGACAAAGAGUUGCCUGUUCACACAGAACUCCCUACAACAGCCCCUUUGCCAUGGAUGGAGAUGGACUUGGACUCGGUGACAUUUUCCAUGGUGAGACAGCAAUGCUCAGCACUUGCCUUGCUUUGACCGAGGCUUGAUGAUAGGACUUUGAGAAGAAAUUGCUGUAAGAUGCAGGAAGUCUGGCUCUUCAAAACCUCUCGAGGCUGGACACAUCUUGAACAUCAUCUGCAUUCACCACCAGACCAAAUAAGCAACACCUCUGCAAGAUGUACAGCAGGGAUGCAGUGACAGGAGUGUCCCUGGGAUGUCCCUGGCACUACAACAGCAGCAAUGUGUGACACCGGCGGCUUGGAAGGCCUUUGGCAUGCCUCCUUCCAAGAGGCUGAAGUGACUCACUCAGAGCCUCCUCUGAGAAGAAAUCACUUCACGGUGCUCAGGUCUCGGAAGGAAAGCCAAAGAGAAAAGACUUCAAAACCAAGAAUUCAACAGGGGACCUGCUGCCAGGAUCCCCAGCUGCCGAGUGCCGGAUCCUCUGCCUGAAUGAAAGCCUGGCACAGAGAUUCCUGCUGCUGUUGCUGAGUUUCCUCCUCUGUGCCCAAGACACCUACUUUCCCAGGGGAGAAGCAAACACUUCUGGAAGACAAGAAGGCAAAAUGUGCACCAAAGAGCCAACCAUGCCGUGCAAUGCUGUAUUCAAGAUGCUGAGAGCCAGAAUGAAAGAGGGAGCCAGUUCCAACAGGGUGAAGAAAAGGCUGAGCUGGUCCAACUGGUCCAAGAGCAGAAGAAAGUGCUGAGAAUGAAAAGAGAAACCAAGAGAAAAGAUAAACCAAGAGAACCAGGUCUGGGCUUUGGGGACAGCAAGGAUGCUGGACUUGUACCGACUGUCUGUUGAGAUGAUGCCAUACCUCUGCAGUCUGGGGCCACUGGGACUCAUCUAAAGAAAUCUUCACUAGAUUACCAGAUUAAAACACGAAAACUUUCCUGAUUAACUUUGCCAAAUGACUGACCCUCCCUAGGCUACGAACCCUCCAUGCUGUUAAGGCUGUAACUCAUUUUUCCUGAGUCGAGGGUCGCUUCAUUUCAUGCGGGUAUCAGUUUUCAAACCUCAAACAGCUCUGGAGGUUCGGAGAAGCAUCCUGGGGUCCAGAUGCUUGUCUGAACUACUUGAGCCUGCACAACUGGGCCAGCUGUCUUGCCAAAAGGGACACUUGUGAGACAGCAGGCGCUUCCUGGAUCUGCAUGGGCCAGAGUUACUGCAAGAAGCUGAUGCUCUUGUGGUGGCUUUGGUGUGACUGCUUCCAUACAGACCCAGGGAGCAAAAAAAAGGUGCAUGAGAGACAACAGCUCGAGUGAGUUGAACCAAGCCUUUUUGCAAGACAGUUUUGGUUCACAUCUCAUUUGAAGGGAUCCCGUUGGUUCCUCUCUCUUCCAGAGCCAAGGGUCCCGGGUAUGUGUGUGCGCGUCAGUGCGGGUGUGCAUGUGUCGAGUGAUCAGAUCCACUUAACCAAAUUCUGCGGAGUUUUGUUGUGUUUGAACCAAGCCAAUGGGAUAUCAUGCACAUUCCAACAUUGCUCAGCCAAAAAUGUCCAGGACCAGAAAAUUAUGUGAAACCAUGUAAAGCAGACUUCAUAGGUGUCAUCCCAAGGUCAAAAUGAAGUUUGAUUUUGAGGUGCUUAAUUUCCACAGUCCCUCUCCAGGGACCUGACUGCCUCAAUGGGUAUUUUCAAUGUCCAUAGACUUUCCUGCCUUUUCUAUGAGUUAUCCUGCCUGAACUACUUGAUUAUAUGGUCCUGAGCUUUGUACAUUUUCCACUGACUUUGUGGAGUGUGCACAACUGAACACCCUUGGCUGGUUUUAUUUCAGUUAGUUGCUCCUAGCUGAUUGGAGCUUUACUUGUAGCACCCUGGUUUAUAUUACCAGCUUCUCCAGGAAGGACUGGUAGUUUGUUUUCCUGGGGUAGAGUCACGUGAAUGAAGAAGUGUGUAUGUGCUGUGUCUGUGAAACUUUAGAAGAUUUCAAUCACUGGAGAUUUUUUUUUCCUUAGGUAAUUUUACAUUUGACUCUGACAGAACUACAUUAGAGUUUUUAUUUUUACUAGAAAUAUUAAUAAUUCAAACAACCUUGUACAAAAGGCAAACUCAUUGAAUCACUACAGGUUAUAGGGGUUGAAGCCAAAAGGUCUUUGUAAGCCGACAUCACUUGCCCUAGAUCUGACUGUAUCAGGCAGUUAUUCCUCAUGUGUCAUGUUGGAGUUACAAGAUCACACCAAGCCACUAGAACCUGUCAGUAGAAUAGUGCUACACUUUAUUUGCUAUUGUAGCAAAGCCUUUUGUAGAUUUAUACAAUAAAACUUUGAAAUAUCUGCUUAAA